AGAGAAGGUGCCAACGGGAACAAAAUCAGAGUCACCAAAAGCAUGCUCCAUAGAGAACUGGAUCUUGGAGUUAGACUCCGACUCCAAAUGCCUCUUCCGUGGGGAUCUAGUAGCAGCAGGGAUGGAUGCGGAUUCAGGGAAGCGAGGUGGAGCGCCUUGAGACCGAACUUCUCGUCAUCUAAGAGGAGCUCAUCGGAUUUCAAUUGGAAAGAGGGGAAGGAGAAGAGCUAGAGAGUGAGGAAGAAAGCUAAUAGACUCCUUUCUUCAUUUUUCUGGUUUUCCUGUUAGAGGAGGAAUCGACGAGUUUUGCGGAGUGAUUGGAUUCCUCAAAACGACGUAUGAUACUUUGUCGUUUCAACUUUUUUUGGUUAGUCCCUAAACUUUUUUUUUGAGUCCCUAUAAAUGUAAUAAAGAGUCAAUUUUGAU